AUGAUUUUAAUUCAAAAGUUUUUCUGGAUUUUCUCGCUGGAGACAGGCGGACGGUUAACGAGUUGGUAUUGCUCAGUGCUUAAUAUUGCAUAUAUUACCGUCCUUAUGAUGGUCCUGAAUAGUUUUGAUGUGCUGAAUGAUAGUAUGACGGGAUUUCAGAAGUUUCAAAUCUUGAUGGUCGCGACUUGUGUGAAUUUCUUUAUUUAUUAUAUUUUUGGUUCGAUGGUUCUUACCGUUGGUGUCCUUGAGCGCAACCACAAAAUCGUAAAGCAGUUCUUGAUAUUUCACGCGGCAAUGACAGUUUCGAUCUUCUUCGGCGGUCUCUUCUUCGCUUUUCAAUACACCUCACCAAAUAAGGAGCACCAUCAUCAUCACACCAAGCCUGAGAAACAAAUGAUGCAUAUCGAGGGACAAGAAAUGAGUCUGGACAUUGAGCCUGAAAAGGAAGGUGCAAAUUGGCUCCUUUUACUGCUCACAACACUCGAUUUCUUUGUUCGAGCCUACAUGACUGUUUGCGUGUAUUCAAUUUAUAUUAAAUUUAAAAGUGAACGAAUUGAAAGUGAAUUUAUGGAGUCAGAUAAGCAACGGCUGUCGUAUGGUAGUGGAACUGGAUCAAUGGAUAAAAUGACUGAUAAUUGCUCUGUUAUUAAUGAACGAUAA